UUUUUGACAACAUUGAAAAUGCUUGUCAGUAAUAAAUUUUAAUUAUGACAUUUUGCAAGGGGGUCUUUAUUUUUGGCUAAAUUAGGAGUUUAAGAGUUGGUAAAACAUCUACAAAAUGUCCUUUUUAACAAACAAGAAAAACUUACUUUAUGGACAAUAUGAACCGACAGUUAACCUUAGACCAGAAGGCAAGUUAAAAAGUUACAUCUCAGCUAUAGAUCUGAGGGCUUGGUGCGAUUCGGUGGAAGAUAGAAGACAACAUAUUUUGGAAUAUGCGGCCCACAAUUUGGAUGGAAAUUGUUUGGAGAAGUUCUUACCUUUGGAUGCUCUUUUCAAUGCCCUUAUGAACAUAAAAAGCGAUAAAUGUACUAAGCUUCAAAAGAAAGUAGAUUACUUACAACGACUUGUAGAUUUAUAUGAGACAUUAGAUUUAACGGACGCUCAAAAACAAAAACUUCAAGAAUUGAAAGACGAAUUAGAAGAAGCACAAAAAGAACUAAAGUCAGUCUCAAGCAAGGCUUCCUCAAGGGGAAAACGAACUGGAAGUGAACCCAGCAAAAGAUCAGGAAAAGGACCUGGAGGUCGGUCAAGUUUAAGUACUGGGCGUAAACCGGGCACUUCCGGAGCACGCAGAAAACCAGGUGCUGGACCUGAUUCAUCGGCUAGAGAUAAAACUCCAGGUAGAGGUCCUGGAGGAUCUGACGCAGACGGCAGACGACCUGGUGGUACAAAAGGACCAGUUAGAAAAUCUCCGGGUACUAAACCCGAUGAUGAAAGAGCACAAGGUGCUGCCGGAGGUAAAUCAGGUGAGGGUACCGGUGCUGGAAGAUCACCAGUUUCUGGUGGAGGCACCGGAGGUAGAUCAUCUGUAGGAGGUCCAGAAACACAAUCUGCCGGUCCUAGAGGAGAGCCUUCUGGAGGAUCAGCACGCAGCAAAGAUGGACCUGGUGGUACAAAAGGACCAGUAAGAAAAUCUCCGGGUACAAAAGUAGAUGAUAAAAGAGGACAAGCUGCUGGCGGAGGUAAAUCAGGUGAGCGUACCGAUUCUGGAAGAUCACCAGUUGCUGGUGGAACAGGAGGUGAAGGCGCAGGAGGUAGAUCAUCUGAAGUAGGGGCAACACAAUCUGCCGGUCCUAGAGGAGAGCCUUCCGAAAGGGGUCCUGGAGGAUCAGCACGCUACAAGGAUGGACCUGGUGGAACAAAAGAACCAGUUCAAAAAUCUCCGGGUUCAAAAAGAGGACAAGCUGCUGGCGGAGGUAAAUCAGGUGAGGGUACCGAUGCUGGAAGAUCAUCAGUUGCUGGUGAAACAGAUGGUGGAGUUGCAAGAGGUAGAUCAGGUGGUGCAGGCAGAACCCAAUCUGCCGGUCCCAGAGGAGAGCCUUCGGAAAGGGGUCCUGGAGAAUCAGCACGCGGUAAGGAUGGACCUGGUGGUACAAAAGGACUAGUAAGGAAAUCUCCAGAUACAAAAACCGAUGAUAAAAGAACACAAGGUGCUGGCGGAGGUAAACCAGGUGAGGGUACCGGUGCUGGAAGAUUAGCAGUUGCUGGUGGAACAGGAGGUAGAUCAUCUGUGGGUGGUCCAGGUGAUGCAGGCAGAACACAAUCUGCCUAUCCUAGAGGAGAUCCCUCUGGAAGAAGUCCUGGAGAAUCAGUACGCGGAAAAGAUGGUGGAGGUCGAGGACCGGGAGAAACAUUUGGAGCUAAUAGAAGACCGGUGCCCUCUAAAUACGGCGGAACAUCAGAUACUGAAGGAGGCGAAGGUCAAAGCAGGGGAGCUGGUACUGCUCCUGAAAGAAGAGCUGGUGAUGCAAAGGAAACUGGUAGAGGUAAACCUGGUCCGGAUUCAAGUGGUGGCAGAAGUGGGGUAAAAGCGGGAGCCGCGGCUUCAAGAAGAGGACCAGGUGAAGGCGAAGUAGGUGGUGGACCUAAAAGUAGAUAUAGAACGGAAAAAGGAGUUGAUGGAUCGGAAACAAAAGCUGUAAGGAAAGGUCAAACUCAAGAUAAAGAACCAGGCGAAACUAAGAUUGGUCCUGGCGGUCCAUCAGAUGGUAGAGCAGUAAAGGGUGAAAGACCUGGGGGAGCGAAAGCAGCAGGGGGUGGACCUGGAACUAGACCUGAAGGGGAAAAAGGAGUUGAAGGAUCGGGAGCAAAAGCAGGAACUGGUCAAACUCAGGAUAAAGAACUAGGCGGAACCAAGAGUAGUCCUGGCGGUCCAUUUGAUGGUACAGGAGCAAAAGGUGCAAGACCAGGAGCAGGGAAAGGUGAGGCUGGUGGUGCUAAAGUACCUGCUGGGGCAGGAGGUUCAUCUGAAACUGGAGGACGAAAAGAAGCUUCAGCUGCUGGAGGUCCUACAUAUGCAACAGUCGCUAGAGGGCCAACAAAAGCUGGAGGUGAUAAAAAACCAGCUGGAGCUGGAAGUUCACCUGGUAAGGGGUACGUGGACAUAGGUCCAGAAGGAUCAGGAGGUUCAACAGACGCCAAGGGUCCUGGAGAUACUUCAACUGGUAAAAGGCCAGCUGAAGGUCCUAGAGAUAGUUCAUCCAGUAAAGGACGUGCUGAAGCCGGUGGUCCAAAAGCUGCUGGUAAAGGAGCGGUAGGAGCUAAAGGUUCUAAAGAUGCUUUGGCUGGUAAAAGGGCGGCUGGAGCAGGCGGCCCAAAAGAUACUUUAGCGUCUAAAGGGCCAACAGAAGCUGGAGGUGCUAGAAAACCAGUUGGAGCUGAAGCAGAAGGAUCAAAAGAUGCUAAGGGGCUAGGUAAAGCAAGUCCGAAAGAGCCAGCUGGAGGUCCCAGAGAUGCCACGGUUGAUAAAUGGGCUUCUGGGGCCGAUAAAGGACCUAAAAGUGCUUCGACCGGUAAAGGUCCAAUAGAAGAAAAAACGGAAAAGGGGGCGGGCGCAGGAGCGGACAGGGGCGCAGGAGCGGACAGGGGCGCAGUAGCGGACAGGGGCGCAGCGUCAGGUCCAGGCUCAGCCGCAGGCCCAGGCGCACUAGAUAGAAGUGGCCUUGGUCAGCCAAGAGAAGGUCAAACACUUCCACCUAGUGCAAAAUUGGCAGAUGACGAAGAAAUUGGGCCUGACGGUAAAAUAAGAAAAAAAGGAGUGAGAGGUACAGAUGGAAAGGCUGGAGGUGCUGAUGAUAGAGCAAGACCAAGGGAUGGUCAAAAAUUGUCUCCAGGAGAAAAGCUACGACCAAAUGAAGAAAUUGGUCCCGACGGAUUAAUAAGGUCAAAAACUGGAGUAAGUCCAGGUGCAAGAGUAGGAAUUGCAGAUGGAAGAGCAGGACCAAGGGAGGGUCAAAAAUUGGCUCCGGGAGAAAAGCUACGACCAAACGAAGAAAUUGGUCCUGACGGGUUAAUAAGGUCAAAAACUGGUCCAGGUGGAAGAAUAGGAGGUGCCGAUGAUAGAGCAGGAUUGAGAGGUGCUGAAGCAAGAGAGGGUCAAAAAUUGUCUCCAGGGGAAAAGCUACGACCAAAUGAAGAAAUUGGUCCCGACGGAUUAAUAAGGUCAAAAACUGGAGUAAGUCCAGGUGGAACAGUAGGAGGUGCCGAUAGAAGAGCAGGACCAAGGGAGGGUCAAAAAUUGGCUCCAGGAGAAAAGCUACGACCAAAUGAAGAAAUUGGUCCCGACGGAUUAAUAAGGUCAAAAACAGGAGUAAGUCCAGGUGGAACAGUAGGAGGUGCCGAUGGAAGAGCAGGACCAAGGGAGGGUAAAAAAUUGGCUCCAGGAGAAAAGCUACGACCAAAUGAAGAAAUUGGUCCCGACGGAUUAAUAAGGUCAAAAACAGGAGUAAGUCCAGGUGGAACAGUAGGAGGUGCCGAUAGAAGAGCAGGACCAAGGGAGGGUCAAAAAUUGGCUCCAGGAGAAAAGCUACGACCAAAUGAAGAAAUUGGUCCCGACGGAUUAAUAAGGUCAAAAACAGGAGUAAGUCCAGGUGGAACAGUAGGAGGUGCCGAUAGAAGAGCAGGACCAAGGGAGGGUCAAAAAUUGGCUCCAGGAGAAAAGCUACGACCAAAUGAAGAAAUUGGUCCCGACGGAUUAAUAAGGUCAAAAACAGGAGUAAGUCCAGGUGGAACAGUAGGAGGUGCCGAUGGAAGAGCAGGACCAAGGGAGGGUCAAAAAUUGGCUCCAGGAGAAAAGCUACGACCAAAUGAAGAAAUUGGUCCCGACGGAUUAAUAAGGUCAAAAACAGGAGUAAGUCCAGGUGGAACAGUAGUAGGUGCCGAUGGAAGAGCAGGGCCAAGGGAGGGUCAAAAAUUGGCUCCAGGAGAAAAGCAACGACCAAAUGAAGAAAUUGGUCCCGACGGAUUAAUAAGGUCAAAAACUGGAGGAAGUCCAGGUGAAAGAGUAGGAGGUGCCGAUGGAAGAGCAGGACCAAGGGACGGUCAAAAAUUGGCUCCAGGAGAAAAGCUACGACCAAAUGAAGAAAUUGGUCCCGACGGAUUAAUAAGGUCAAAAACUGGAGUAAGUCCAGGUGGGAGAGUAGGAGGUGCCGAUGGAAAAGCAGGACCAAGGGAGGGUCAAAAAUUAGUUCCGGGAGAAAAGCUACGACCAAACGAAGAAAUUGGUCCUGACGGGUUAAUAAGGUCAAAAACUGGUCCAGGUGGAAGAAUAGGAGGUGCCGAUGAAAGAGCAGGAUUGAGAGGUGCUGAAGCAAGAGAGGGUCAAAAAUUGUCUCCAGGGGAAAAGCUACGACCAAAUGAAGAAAUUGGUCCCGACGGAUUAAUAAGGUCAAAAACUGGAGUAAGUCCAGGUGGAAGAGUGGGAGGUGCCGAUGAAAGAGCAGGUCCCAGGGAGGGUCAAAAAUUGGCUCCAGGAGAAAAGCUACGACCAAAUGAAGAAAUUGGUCCGGACGGAUUAAUAAGGCUAAAAACUGGAGUAAGUCCAGGUGAAAGAGUAGGAGUUGCCGAUGGAAGAGCAGGACAAAGGGAGGGUCAAAAAUUAGCUCCAGGAGAAAAGCUACGACCAAAUGAAGAAAUUGGUCCCGACGGAUUAAUAAGGUCAAAAACUGGUCCAGGUGGAAGAAUAGGAGGUGCCGAUGAUAGAGCAGGAUUAAGAGGUGCUGAAGCCAGGCCAAGAGAGGGUCAAAAAUUGGCUCCAGGAGAAAAGCUACGACCAAACGAAGAAAUUGGUCCUGACGGGUUAAUAAGGUCAAAAACUAGUCCAGGUGGAAGAAUAGGAGGUGCAGAUGACAGAGCAGGAUUAAGAGGUGCUGAAGCAAGGGCAAGAGAGGGUCAAAAAUUGGCUCCAGGAGAAAAGCUACAACCAAAUGAAGAAAUAGGUCCGGACGGAUUAAUAAGGCCAAAAACUGGAGUAAGUCCAGGUGAAAGAGGUGUCGGUGGAAGCGCAAGACCAAGGGAGGGUCAAAAAUUGGCUCCAGGAGAAAAGCUACAACCAAAUGAAGAAAUUGGUCCCGACGGAUUAAUAAGGUCAAAAACUGGAGUAAGUCCAGGUGGAAGGGUAGGAGAUGCCGAUGGAAGAGCAGGACCAAGGGAGGGUCAAAAAUUGGCUCCAGGAGAAAAGCUAAGACCAAACGAAGAAAUUGGUCCUGACGGGUUAAUUAGGUCAAAAACUGGUCCAGGUGGAAGAAUAGGAGGUGCCGAUGAAAGAGCAGGAUUGAGAGGUGCUGAAGCAAGAGAGGGUCAAAAAUUGUCUCCAGGGGAAAAGCUACGACCAAAUGAAGAAAUUGGUCCGGACGGAUUAAUAAGGCUUAAAACUGGAGUAAGUCCAGGUGAAAGAGUAGGUGUCGGUGGAAGCGCAGGACCAAGGGAGGGUCAAAAAUUGGCUCCAGGAGAAAAGCUUAGACCAAAUGAAGAAAUUGGCCCCGACGGAUUAAUAAGUUCAAAAACUGGAGUAAGUCCAGGUGGAAGGGUAGGAGAUGCUGAUGGAAGAGCAGGACCAAGGGAGGGUCAAAAAUUGGCUCCAGGAGAAAAGCUAAGACCAAACGAAGAAAUUGGUCCUGACGGGUUAAUAAGGUCAAAAACUGGUCCAGGUGGAAGAAUAGGCGGUGCCGAUGAAAGAGCAGGAUUGAGAGGUGCUGAAGCAAGAGAGGGUCAAAAAUUGUCUCCAGGGGAAAAGCUACGACCAAAUGAAGAAAUUGGUCCGGACGGAUUAAUAAGGCUAAAAACUGGAGUUAGUCCAGGUGAAAGAGUAGGUGUCGGUGGAAGCGCAGGAAUAAGGGAGGGUCAAAAAUUGGCUCCAGGAGAAAAGCUACGACCAAAUGAAGAAAUUGGUCCAGACGGAUUAAUAAGGCUAAAAACUGGAGUUAGUCCAGGUGAAAGAAUAGGAGGUGCCGAUGAUAGAGCAGGAUUAGACGGUGCUGAAGUAAGACCAAGAGAGGGUAAAAAAUUGUCUCCAGGAGAAAAGUUACGACCAAAUGAAGAAAUUGGUCCGGACGGAUUAAUAAGGCUAAAAACUGGAGUAAGUCCAGGUGGAAGAGUGGGAGGUGCCGAUGAAAGCGCGGGACCAAGAAAGGGUCAAAAAUUGUCUCCAGGAGAUAAGCUACGACCAAAUGAAGAAAUUGGUCCCGACGGAUUAAUAAGGCAAAAAACUGGAGUUAGUCCAGGUGAAAGAAGAGGAGGUGACGAUGAUAGAGCAGGAUUAGAAGGUGCUGAAUCAAGAUCAAGAGAGGGUCAAAAAUUGUCUCCAGGAGAGAAGCUACGACCAAAUGAAGAAAUUGGUCCUGACGGAUUAAUAAGGCUAAAAACUGGAAAAGGACUAGGUGAAAGGAUAGGAGGUGCCGAGGAUAGAGCAGGAUCGGGAGGUGCUGAAGCAAUACCAAGAGAGGGUAAAAAAUUGACCCCAGGAGAAAAGCUACGACCAAAUGAAGAAAUUGGUCCUGACGGAUUAAUAAGGGUAAAAACUGGAGUAAGUCCAGGUGGAAGAGUGGGAGGUGCCGAUAGGGCAGGACCAAGGGAGGGUCAAACAUUGGCACUAGGUGAUAAACUUGGACCAGGUGAAGAAAUUGGGACAGACGGUUUGAUAAAAUUAAAAUCAGAUUAUGAAAUAGAUCCAAAUGGAAAUAUUAGAAAACGAGCUGAUAAACCUAGGGUUGGUCAAAGACUUACCCCAGGUGGGAAAUUACAACCAGGUGAAGAAAUUGGACCGGAUGGUUUAAUUAGACUUACGUCUGGUUAUGAAGUAGAUCCGGACGGUGAACUAAAAAAAAAAUCUGAUAAACCUAGAAUAGGCCAAAAAUUAGCCCCAGGCGAAUCAUUAAGGCUGGGUGAAGAAAUUGGACCGAAAGGUUUGAUAAAGCUAAAGUCAGAUUUCGAAAUAAGUCCAGAUGGAAAUAUAAGGCAAAAACCGGACGCUAGGUUCGGUAAGGCACUUGCACCAGGAGAUAAACUUAAACCUUGGGAGGAAUUAGGUCCCGACGGUCUUAUUAAACUUUCUUCAGACUACGAAAUAGAUCCAAAUGGAAAUGUAAAAAAGAAAGCCGACAAAGCACGCAUUGGUCAAAGACUUGCCCCAGGUGAAAAGUUAAAACCAGGUGAAGAAAUUGGACCUGAUGGUUUAAUAAAGUUAAAGUCAGAUUUCGAAAUAAGUCCAGAUGGAAAUGUAAGACAACAACCGGACGCUAGAUUUGGUAAAGCACUUGCAUCAGGAGAUAAACUUAAACCUUGGGAGGAAUUAGGUCCCGACGGUCUUAUUAAACUUUCUUCAGAAUACGAAAUAGAUCCAAAUGGAAAUGUAAAAAAGAAAUCCGACAAACCACGUAUUGGUCAAAGACUUGCUCCAGGUGAGAGGUUAAAACCAGGUGAGGAAAUUGGACCUGAUGGUUUAAUAAAGUUAAAGUCAGAUUUCGAAAUAGGUCCGGAUGGAAAUAUAAGGCAAAAACCGAAAGCUAGGUUCGGUAAAGCACUUGCACCAGGAGAGAAACUUAAACCUUGGGAAAAAUUAGGUCCCGACGGUCUUAUUAAACUUUCUUCGGACUACGAAAUAGAUCCAAAUGGAAAUGUAAAAAAGAAAGCCGACAAACCCCGCAUUGGUCAAAGACUUGCCCCAGGGGAGAAGUUAAAACCAGGUGAAGAAAUUGGACCUGAUGGUUUAAUAAAGUUAAAGUCAGAUUUCGAAAUAGGUCCGGAUGGAAAUAUAAGGCAAAAACCGGACGCUAGAUUCGGUAAAGCACUUGCACCAGGAGAGGAACUUAAACCUUGGGAGGAAUUAGGUCCCGACGGUCUUAUUAAACUUUCUUCGGACUACGAAAUAGAUCCUAAUGGAAAUGUAAAAAAGAAAUCCGACAAACCACGUAUUGGUCAAAGACUUGCUCCAGGUGAGAGGUUAAAACCAGGUGAGGAAAUUGGACCUGAUGGUUUAAUAAAGUUAAAGUCAGAUUUCGAAAUAGGUCCGGAUGGAAAUAUAAGGCAAAAACCGGACGCUAGAUUCGGUAAAGCACUUGCACCAGGAGAGGAACUUAAACCUUGGGAGGAAUUAGGUCCCGACGGUCUUAUUAAACUUUCUUCGGACUACGAAAUAGAUCCAAAUGGAAAUGUAAAAAAGAAAUCCGACAAACCACGCAUUGGUCAAAGACUUGCCCCAGGGGAGAAGUUAAAACCAGGUGAAGAAAUUGGACCUGAUGGUUUAAUAAAGUUAAAGUCAGAUUUUGAAAUAGGUCCGGAUGGAAAUAUAAGGCAAAAACCGGACGCUAGAUUCGGUAAAGCACUUGCACCAGGAGAGGAACUUAAACCUUGGGAAGAAUUAGGUCCCGACGGUCUUAUUAAACUUUCUUCAGACUACGAAAUAGAUUCAUAUGGAAAUGUAAAAAAGAAAGCCUACAAACCACGCAUUGGUCAAAGACUUGCUCCAGGUGAGAGGUUAAAACCAGGUGAAGAAAUUGGACCUGAUGGUUUAAUAAAGUUAAAGUCAGAUUUUGAAAUAGGUCCGGAUGGAAAUAUAAGGCAAAAACCGGACGCUAGAUUCGGUAAAGCACUUGCACCAGGAGAGGAACUUAAACCUUGGGAAGAAUUAGGUCCCGACGGUCUUAUUAAACUAUCUUCGGACUACGAAAUAGAUCCAUAUGGAAAUGUAAAAAAGAAAGCCGACAAACCACGCAUUGGUCAAAGACUUGCUCCAGGUGAGAGGUUAAAACCAGGUGAAGAAAUUGGACCUGAUGGUUUAAUAAAGUUAAAGUCAGAUUUCGAAAUAGGUCCGGAUGGAAAUAUAAGGCAAAAACCGGAUGCUAGAUUCGGUAAAGCACUUGCACCAGGAGAGGAACUUAAACCUUGGGAAGAAUUAGGUCCCGACGGUCUUAUUAAACUUUCUUCGGACUACGAAAUAGAUCCAUAUGGAAAUGUAAAAAAGAAAGCCGACAAACCACGCAUUGGUCAAAGACUUGCUCCAGGUGAGAGGUUAAAACCAGGUGAAGAAAUUGGACCUGAUGGUUUAAUAAAGUUAAAGUCAGAUUUCGAAAUAGGUCCGGAUGGAAAUAUAAGGCAAAAACCGGACGCUAGAUUCGGUAAAGCACUUGCACCAGGAGAGGAACUUAAACCUUGGGAAGAAUUAGGUCCCGACGGUCUUAUUAAACUUUCUUCGGACUACGAAAUAGAUCCAUAUGGAAAUGUAAAAAAGAAAGCCGACAAACCACGCAUUGGUCAAAGACUUGCUCCAGGUCAGAGAUUAAAACCAGGUGAAGAAAUUGGACCUGAUGGUUUAAUAAAGUUAAAGUCAGAUUUCGAAAUAGGUCCGGAUGGAAAUAUAAGGCAAAAACCGGACGCAAGGUUCGGUAAAGCACUUGCACCAGGAGAUAAACUUAAACCUUGGGAAAAAUUAGGUCCCGACGGUCUUAUUAAACUUUCUUCGGACUACGAAAUAGAUCCAGAUGGAAAUGUAAAAAAGAAAUCCGACAAACCACGCAUUGGUCAAAGACUUGCACCGGGUGAAAAACUCAGACCCGGUGAGGAAAUCGGCCCUGAUGGUUUAAUAAGACUUAUGUCGGGUGUGAAACUGGAUGAUGAUGGAAGAAUAAUAUUUCCCGACGAAGCGCCAAGAAUUGGCCAAAAACUCGGUCCGGGUGAAAAAUUGAGACCUGGCGAAGAAAUCGGACCCGAUGGACUAAUAAGGUUAAUGUCGGGUCUUGAAAUAGGCCCAAAUGGUAAAAUAAGAUACAAAAUUCCUGGUGAACCUCGAGAAAACAUAUGUGGAUCAGGAAUUUGUUCUCCGUAUGGUCGUGUUAAACCCUUCGGAAAAGAUUUUGAUAACAUAAGAGUUGGUCAAAAACUAGAACCAGGUGAAAAACUAAGACCUGGGGAAGAAAUUGGGCCUGAUGGUCUUAUAAUAUUAUCUUCAGAUUUGGAAAUUGACCCGGAUGGAAAAAUAAAGUUUAAGAAGGGGAGAGGUCCUAGAAAACCCGUUUGUAGUUCUGGAGUUUGUUCCGAUGGUCUACCAGCGCCAAAAUCUUGGACGGGCCGAGAUCAGCCAAGAAUAGGUCAAAAGCUAGCGCCAGGGGAUGAAUUAAGAGAUAAUGAAGAAAUAGAACCAAUAAGGGACAAUAUAUUGGGACCUGAUAAAAUAUUAAAACCUGGGGAAAAGUUCAGGCCUGGAGGGGUUGGACCAGAUUUAGCCAGAAAAGCACCUCAUGGUAAAACUUGCGCUGCAAAUGUUCCUCAGCCAGAUGAUGCCCAACGAGCAAAAGAAAUAAGAGUAGGUCAAAGACUAGAUCCAGGGGAUAGUUUACGACCAGGAGAAGAAAUUGAUGAAAACGGUUUAAUAAGAUUGACACCAGGUACGCAAUUAAAAGAUGAACCUAGUAUAAGUCAAAGACCAAGUAUUGACAUUUCCCUCCUUCCAUCCACAAGAUACAACAGAUUAAGAGUAGGUCAAAGACUAAAAACAGGGGAUAGUUUACGACCAGGAGAAGAAAUUGAUGAAAACGGUUUAAUAAGAUUGACACCAGGUGAGCAAUUAAAAGAUGAACCUAGUAUAAGUCAAAGACCAAGUAUUGACAUUUCCCUCCUCCCAUCCACAAGAUACAGCAGAUUAAGAGUAGGUCAAAGACUAAAGACAGGGGAUAGUUUACGACCUGGAGAAGAACUUGAUGAAAACGGUUUAAUAAGAUUGACACCAGGUGAGCAAUUAAAAGAUGAACCUAGUAUAAGUCAAAGACCCAGUAUUGACAUUUCCCUGCUCCCAUCCACAAGAUACAGCAGAUUAAGAGUAGGUCAAAGACUAAAAACAGGGGAUAGUUUACGACCUGGAGAAGAACUUGAUGAAAACGGAUUAAUAAGAUUGGCACCAGGUGAACAAUUAAAUGACGAUAUUCCUUGCUCUUGUGCAAAAAGCAGAUAUGGCGAAUGGACACCUAGCCAAAUACUUAAACCUCGUAUAAGUCAUCGACCAAGUAUAGACAUUCCCCUACCCUCUUCAACAAGAUACAGCAGAUUAAGACUAGGUCAAAGACUAAAUCCAGGUGAAAGGUUACGACCUGGCGAAAAGCUUGGCCCAGAUGGUUUAAUAGUACUGGCGUUUGAAGAGAACAUUACAGACGAUGAUCAAACUUCCAUAGCAGGAAGACCUGGAGGUGAGGUUUUAAAAAGAAAAGAUGAAGUUCCUGUGUCAGACACCCAACCUUGCUUUUGCUCCGCCAGAAAAAUACGCGUGGGUCAAAGACUAGGACCAGCUGACAGUUUACGGCGUGGAGAAGAAAUUGGUUCGGAUGGUUUAAUAAGACCAGCCCCAGACGAGCAAUUAAAGGAAGAUAUUCCUUUGCUAAGCGAUACCUUCACAGCAACUGAUAAUAGAUUAAGACCGGGUGAAACACUAAAACCUGGUGAUACAUUAAGACCAGGGGAAAAAUUAGGACCUGAUGGAAUAAUUCGAACAAUGUCUGGAGUGGAAAUUGAUAAAGAUAAUAAAAUAUCAGAUUUUCCAUUGGAAAAAUAUGGUAGUCUUGAAUACGAUUUUAGCUUGGUUACUGAAAAGAUGGAAAAUUUAAGUAAAGUGUGUCCUUUUACUUGUCCUAGUGAAGAAGAUUUAAACAAUAAAGUUUCACGUUUUAAUAAGAAACAAGUUUCUUCAGCUGUAAACACAGCUUUAAAAAAUGUUUCGACGGAUAAAUACCCCUCAUUUCAAACCUUACCAUCCAAAAAGAAAAAAAAGGAUGACAAAACAAAAGUACGGGAAGGAACUAUGCCAAAAGAAAUACUUUCCGCUAUAGUCUAUCAAGCUCAAGAGCGAGCUUCGCAACUGGCUGUAGCUACGGGUGGCAUAGUUAUUAAGCCAUUAAAAAAUAUUCCAUGUUCUUGCCAACAACAUCCAUCAACGUCAAAAGAUAAUGCACCAAUUGGAGGAAUUCUUCACAGAAGAGAAUUAACGCCUUCCAAAUUCUUGCAGGGCUUGCCUAUGGUUCUGGCUAGUCCUGAAAAUAUUGUUCGGAAAAAGACCAAAAGAAAAAGUACUCUUCCAGCGGGUAGAAUUACAGACGAAACAUCAAAGCCUUGUAAUAGUAUAGAGUGCGAAUGCCUUAAGCAUAAAUAUGAUUACAAAGACAAGAUUAUCGAGGACUUGAGAAAUGAACUUAAGGCCAGAGAGGCAUACGCAGCAGAACAAUGCAGAAUAACAGCGGAAACUAUUGGACAACUUAACAACAUCAAAAGCGUGGUCGUGGAGCGCAACGAACUGCGUAGAAAAUUAACAGAGUCACAAAAUGAACUAAAGAACAUAAGACAAACUGUACCAGAAGAAAGAGUACCGACAGGAGACGUGCCAAUAUACAUUCCCUUUGGCGCAGAGCGCCCCACCAACGAUAACGACAUUCAGAUGCUUGAAAAUGAAAUUCAACAGAUGAGGAGCACCAACCCGAGACCGGAAGUCGAGGCUGAAAUAAUGCGGAAAGAAUUGCAAGUGCUGAAGAAGUAUUGCGCCCGAAUGUCAACCGUUCAAACAGAAAAUCAAAGGCUAAACAGGGACAUGGCGAACAUGGCAACGCAAUUGGGAACGGCCACGCAAAUGUUGAAUGAGCUGGGCGUAUCGGACGUUAAUAACAUUGAACAAUACGGGGCCUUGCAAGCAAAGAUGAGUAAGUUACAAAAGACCACGCAUGAUAAGAACGUGCUUAAAUGUAAGUGCCGUUCGUUGGAGAAGGAAUUACACUCUUACAGAGAGGAACUAUCGACCUUGGAAGACGUUAAACCAAAAAUUGAGUUAUUAGAUGAGGUAAUGGCAGACAGAGAUCGCCUAAGCAGACGCGUAGAAGAGCUAAGGGGUAUAGACGCCGAAUUGGCGGCCUUAAAACAAAACUAUUCGAGAUUUAGGGAGGUGGAAAGCGAACUUUGCUAUGCCAAACAUCAAAAGAAGGUAUAUGAGCACGAAAUAGCAACCUUGAGAAACGAUUUGCUAGCAAGAGAGGCGGAAAUAAACAUGUAUAAAAUUCACGACGCGGAUAUGUGCAGUAAUAUUAAUAAUUUGGCACAAGAAAAAGAAAGCCUAAAAAUUCUUGUCAAGCAAGCUGAAAUACUCAGCAUCGAAAAGCACCAAUUAAUGCAAAGUGUGGACGAACUGUCAAGAAUUAAUAACGAUUACGAUGAUAUGUGUUCGAGGAUGAAGUGUCUGGAAUCUAUUAAAAUCGAAAGGGACAUGUAUAGAUCAAGAGUUCAAGAUCUGGAAGCCUUACAAGGCGACCAUGAUCAAGUGCGCCAAAAAAUCGAAGAUUUGAAUCGGGUUGAACAAGAACGUAAUUGCCUGAUGGACCAGGUAUCUCAAAUGGAAGCCACCAUAACAUUACAAGAGUGCGAAAUAAAAAGGCUGGUGUGUCAUAUCGAUAACUUCUCGAAAUCGCAAUGCGAGAAACAGAAACGCCUCAAUGAAAGUUUGACGUCCAUGAAAAGCGAACUGGAUAGAAAGGACAAGAAAAUUUCCAAGCUUCAAAAUACGGUUAGCGACAUAUCCAGUCAACUGGAUAUAUUUAGGAAAAAAGACAGUCAAAGCGAGGAUUGCGAGGUGGAGUUGUUUACAAUGCAGGAGCAAUGCAAAUGCCGCGAAAAAGAAUUGACUGAAAUCAAUAAAGUUUGUAAAUGUCUUAAGGAAGAAUUGGAAAUCACCAAAAAUAAGUGUAAGUGUCUACAGAAAGAAUUGGGUACGGUGCAAAAAAGAUGCAGUGAGAUGGAUACUGCGAGUUCCGAUGAAAUUUUGGAAAGGCAAGCCGAUAUGGGAAAAAAUAUAUGCAAGGAGCUGCAAGCUCAAAAUUUCAAACUUGCUUGUCAGCUUGAACAAGCCAAUACAACCGUUGAAGAACACGAAGCUGUAAUUAAUUGUCUGCAAGCUAACUUGAAACAAAGAGACAACAUUAUAAAGAGUUUGGAUAAGGAGAUGAAUAAGGCUAAGGAUCUUUAUGAUUGUGGUUGCGAUUGUAUACUCGUUAUCAGGGAAGAGUUGGACAUGCUCAAGGGGGAAAAUAAAAGGUUGCAGGAAUCAGCAAAUAUACAGGAUGUAGAGCAGUGCAAUAACUACAUUCAAAUGUUAAAGGAAGCCAAAAAUGCUGUGGAGAAAAUAUCCGAAGCACUCGAUAAAAAAUGCCAACACAACAAGAGAAGUGAAGAUAAGUGUUCAGCAAAUAAGAGCAAGCAAGUUAAGGCAAAGUCUUCGUGUAAUAGAAGAAAAAAAUGCGACACCAGCUCGUCGGAAACCGAGUCUACUGAAUGUUCGGGAUCAGGCGAUAGCUGCAGCUGCAACAGUUCCUGCAUUUGUUGCAUAUGCGAUGAUCGGCAGAAAGGAAAAAUCUGCAAGUGCUGUAAGUGUGGCGAGAGUAGCACGGAAACUGACGAAUGCAGUGUCACGGCUGCCACAACUUCAGAUACGUUCAUGUGCACUAGUUCCACAAGUGUAGCCAAUAAGGUUGAUAAUGUAUGUCAGUGCGAUAAAUCUAAGAAAACUGAAGAAAAGUGUUGUCAGUGUAGUCAAGAAACCACCACCACUACCACAUGUACGACUACUCAAACCACCAAAACUUCUUCUACCACCGAAGAAGACACUUGUCGUUGCAGUAAGGAUGGAGAUGAUCCUGAAAAGACUACCACAAGUGACUCAUGCACUGAUACCACAGAGGAUAAAAAGAAAAAAGAUAACGCAGAUACGUGUAAAUGCACGAAACCAUUCGAAAAGAAAUCAGAUACCUCCACGUCUGAUAGCUGCCCCGAUGACAAAAAACCGCCAUGUGUUGGAGAGCAGGAUAAGUCUCCACCGACAAGAUUUGUUGAUGAUCAAAGUAAAAACAAAAGAAAAUCUUCCGGGAAAGGUGAAAAAGGGCCACAAGACAACGUCACAUUUAAGUGCGAUUGCGGAAAUCCUGAAAAUUGUACUUGCCGUAAAAAUGAUAACGUUAAGAGCGUCACUGAAGAAGAAAUAUUCAUUCAAGAAGUUAAACCAGUCUCCACAGCAAAUAUUGAAGAAGGUGAAGUCCCAGAAACUAGUAUAUUUCAAAGAGCAGUACCUUUAAGCGAUUCAGUACCAGAACAGGAGUUGAAGAGCACCAACCUAGAUGAAGCCCAAAUCCCUAAGAGUGAAACAAAUCCAGAAGUUCCGGAAGCGAUACCUUUAAGCGAUUCAGUACCAGAACAAGAGUUAAAAAGCACAAACCUAGACGAACCACAAACUCCCAAAGUUGAAAUGAGAAUGAACCCAGAGGCUAUGAAACCUGAGGAAAGACCUAAAGUAUCUGAAAGGCCAGAAAAAAGUGAUCAAACAGAAGAGCAUUGUAAAGAAGAACGUGAAAAAAUAAAAAAUUUGGAAAAUGAGUUGACUUCACUAAAGGCACAACUAAAAGAGGCGAAAGCAUCCAAAGAACAAAUAGGUGACGUGGAAGAAUACAAAAUGAAAAUUGAAGAACUACAAAAAGAAAACGAUAAAUUGCGAUCUCAAGGUGAUGCUAGCGUUUUCUUGGAAGAAAACGAACAUCUCCAAAAACAAAUACUAAAACUAAAUCGACAUAUUGAAAGUAUGCAACCUCUUGACGCAGUUCCACAAUCAGAUGACGAAACCUUGCAAGAAGAAGUAGCUAAGCAGAAAAAAGAAAAAUUGGUUCUAGAAGCUGUAAUCGAAGAUUUACAAAAACAACUUAAAACAUCAGAUAAUAUACCUUAUAUAGAACCUGGCGAUGACAUACAGCAAGUAAUCGAUGAUCUAGCGAAAAAACUUGAUGCCGAGCAGAAAAGGGCGGAUGGGGCUGAAGCAGCCUACCGAAAACUUCGAGCCGGAGAUGAUAAAAUUUUACUGAGCAAUGAAAAUGCCAAACUUAAGAGCGCUGUCAACGAGGGUAGAUGCACUUGUGCUAAAUUAAAGAACGAAAUCGACAAACUGCAGAAAGAAAAAGAUGAGUGCAAGAAGGAAAAUGAAUCGGCUCGAAAACUUAUUGAACAACUUCAAGGGGAAGUUUGUAAAUGUAGAGAGCUUAAUAAGAAUUUAGCCGAUCAAAAUAAUAGAGUCAAAGAGAGGCUAUCUGAUGAAGGAAAAACUUGCAAGUUUGUUAAACAAUUGAAGGAUGAAAUCGCAAAGCUUAAAAAAGAACUGGAGAGAUGCCUCGAAGAGAAAAAACAUAUGAAGGAGGAUAUCGAAAAAGUCGACAAAUUUUCUCAAAAGUCGAUGGAUAAAAUAUCGAGCUUGCAAAAAGAAAACAGCCAAUUAAAACAAAAUAAUGCCAAGCUGGAUAAUUCCAAUGUGACGCUAAAAAAAGACAAGGAAUCUGAGACAGACCAGCAUCGUAAAUCGGUGUUAAGUUUGGGUCAGUUGGAAAGAGAUUACGAUAAGUGCCAAAAUAAAGUUAAAGAUUUGGAAGCCGAAAUAGCACGGUUGAAAAAAGAGCUAGAUAAUGCUCUGAACACGACAACAACGAGCUCAAGAGACUUGACAGAUUCAUUGUCGGAAAAUGCUGCUCUUAAGAAAAAAAUAGCAGAGCUGGAAAGCGAACUAGAAAAGUGCAGGAAAAACUUAGAAAAUACAUUGGCUUCUGCCAAUGAUAAUAAGCUUCAAGACGAAAAUGAUAAGUUGAGAGCUGAACUUGAAAGAUUAAAAGCCCUUGCUCAAGUGUCAAAGGACUUGCAAAAAUCGUUGGACAGUCUUUCUAAACAAAAAGACGACGAAGGGGCCUUAAAACAAAAAUUGGCACAGAUGGAAGGUGAAAAUAGUAAAUUAAAGAAAGAUUUGAACUCCUCGCUCGAUCAACUAAAAACACUUGCGAACGCAGCCCCAGAUGAUGUAAAAACCAGAAGCAAAAAUGCUCUUUUGGAGGCAGAAAACGCUGAUUUAAAGAUGAAUUUGAAUGAUGCUUUGGAUAAAGCUAAAGCUGCAGCUGGAAGGGUGGCAGAGUUGGAAGCUGAAGAUGCCAGGAACAAGCAAAAGAUUGGGGCGUUGGAAAGCGAUUUGGCCAAGAUGAAGAAAGAGUUGGAAGAUGCUUUGGAUAAACAAAACAAGUGCAUCGAAGAGUUGAACAACUUAAAGGAUGAAUUGGGCAAGUUAAAGCAACGAUUGGCCCAAUUGGAAAAGGAGAAUGUCGACUUGAAGACCAAACUGGACGGCGCCAGUUUAAGAUCGAAAUCUUUUUUGGACAAUUUAGCCGAAUUGGACAGACUAAAGCAGUUAUUGGCGCAGAUGGAGGCUGAAAAUAAGAAAUUGAAAGGGGAUCUACAAGCGGCUGCAGGUUACGAAGACAUGAUUAAACAGCUACAAGAUAAGAUACAAGCAAUGGAGAACAAAACCUUAGUUGUUCCAGAUGAUGAGUGCGACAAACUUCGCGCAACAUUGGCGCAACUGCAAGCAGAAAAUGCAAAGUUAAAAAGCGAUUUGGAUAAAGCAAAUGGCGAUAUUAAUGCCUUAAACGACCACGUUAAGGCACUGGAACAGGCAAUAAAAGCCGCCGGUGACAGGCCCGACGACUCAGAUCUUAUAAAUAGGCUGAAAGAUGAGAUAGCAAAUCUAAAAUCAAAGUUAGCGCAAUUGGAAAGUGCAAAUGUUGCACUCAAAGCAGACCUGGAUAAGGCAAAUGCAUCCGCUAAUAGUUGUAAAGAUGAAAAUGCAAAACUAUUGGAAAAGUUGAAACAAUUAGAAUCGGCACCGCCAAAAAGUUCCGAGGACUGUGAUAAGUUGAGGGAAAAAUUGGCUCAACUGGAAAAAGACAACGCCGACUUGAAAAAAGAUUUGAAUAGCGCAUUGGACGAAGCAAGGAAGAAUGCGGCUGCGGCUGGAGACGCGGCAAGUUUUAACCAAAAAUUGGGAUCUCUGGAGGCCGAAAACGCAAAGUUGAAAAAAGAUUUGGAGGAUGCGUUGAACAAAGCCAAAGCUAUGGAUGCUUUAAGCCAAGAAAAUGGCAAUCUCAAGAAGAAAAUAGGCGACUUGGAGGCAGAAUUGGCACGACUCAGAGCCGAGUUAAACGCGGCUCUGGAUGCGACCAAGAGAGCUGCUAAAGACGAGGGUUCGGCUAGGGACGACGACGCCAAUUUAAAGAAACAGCUGGCCGAUUUGCAGGCGGAAAUCGCAAGGCUUAAAAAGGAGUUGGAGUCGAGCAAAGGCGAUGUUAAAGAAGGAAGUCAAGCGUUGGAUUUGUUGAAAAAAGAAAACGAUCAGUUGAAGUUGAGAAUAAACCAAUUAGAGGCUGAGAUUGAGAGGCUUAAGAAGGAGCAAGGGGCUGGUGACGCUGCGAUGGCGAGAUUAUCCGAGUUGGAUAAUAACUUAAACAAGUGUAAGGGAGAGUUGGAUAGCGCGAGGGCCGCUGAAGCCAAAUUAAAGGAGGAAAAUGCUAAACUAAAUAGUAAAUUAGCGGAGUUGGAAGCUUUGUUGGCAAAUCUUAGGAAACAACUGGCCAAGGCUGAAGAAGAUGCCAAGGCGGCAAACGCUUUAAAAGACGAAUUGGAAAAGGCCAAACAAAGAUUGGCAGGUUUAGAAUCAUCGGACGAUAAAAAUAAGUUGCAAAAACUAAACGAUGAUUUACAAAAAGAACUGGAUAGGUUAAAGAAGGAACUUCAAGAAGCCCUGGAUAAAACCAGAGGUAGUAAGGCUGAAAUAACUAAACUAAAGGACGAUGAUGGGAAAAAACAACAAAGGCUUGCUCAAAUGGAAAUGGAGAAUGUACAAUUAAAAGAAGAUUUGGAUAAGCUAAACAAAACUUUAUCAGCCAUGAAAGGUGAGAAUGACAAGCUUAAAUCAGAUUUGGACGAAGCUUUAAAGAAAUUGGCAGCUUUAAGUUCCUUGCAAGAUGAGAAUAGCAAAUUGCAAAAAGAACUGCAGAACGCACAAGAUAACUUGGAUGCUUUGAGGAAAGAAAAUGAAGCAAUGAAACAAAAAAUUGCCCAACUGGAGAAAGAAUUGGCCGACCUUUUGAAGAAAUUGGACGGUCUUAAAGCGCUGGAAGAUGAUCUAUCAAAACUAAAACAACAAUUAGCUGAUAGUAAAAAUGAAACGGAUAAAACGAAAAACGACUACGAGAACAGAAUAAAGCAACUUAUGGAUGAGCUUGCAAAGCUUAAAAAGGAAUGUGCCGACAACAUCGCCAAUCUGAAGGAACAAUUCGAGAGGGAUGCAGAAAAUUUGCGGAAUUUGAAUGCUGGAAGCAUAAAUAAGUUGCAAAAGGCACAAGAUGAUACUUGUAAAGAGAUGGCUGAUAACUACGAAAAAGAAAUUAAGGAUUUGCAAGACGAAUUAAAGAGGUUGCAAGCUCUUUUAAACGCCGUAACCGCCGAAAGGGAUAAAUUGCAGGGCAACGUGGAUAAUCAAAGGAAAAAGAGUUUGGAAAUCAAGAAAAAGGUUGAAGAAGUGGAGGUAGUUAUGAAGAACGAAAGAGUCAAGAGUAAUGAAUUGCAGAAAACCAUCCAGGACGAGCGAAGGAAGAGCUUGGAUUUGAUCGAUGUUUUGGAUAAAGAGAAGAAGGGUAAACGUGAGUUGGAACUGAAAAAUAAAGAGGAAGAAAGAAAGAAUGAGUUGCUGAAGGAUAAGUAUGGUGUGGAACGAAAGAAGAGCGUGGAGUUGGAAAAGAAAGUCGCGGAUAGUAUGUUGAAAUUGAAGACUUUGGAAAAGGACAAUGAAAAGCUAAAAACCAUACAGGAAGAGGCUUCAAAAGUAGAAUCUGCAGCUCCCCCUGAUGUUAUAACAAUUACAGUCCCUCCUUCUCGCGUUGAUAUGUUUAAUGAUGAUAUUUGCGCGUGUCCAACAAAUCUUACUCAAAUAUUAAAGACGAUUGCAAGAGAAGGGAUGCAGGCGUUAACUUUGCAACAAUUGGAAGUGCUGGGCGAUAAAAUUAAAGCGGCUACAAUUGGGCUAUUGGGCUCCAAUAGAUCUGAACACGACAUCUACAAUUCAAACCAGCAAGUUUCUGAUGCUGAAAGAGAGGCUAAAAAUAGAGUCGAUGAUCUUUAUGGUUUAAUAAAAACGGAAAAAGAAAAGUUAAGUAUUUUGAAAAGGAUAUUGUAUAAGGAGUCUAAGAAAAAUGAGGAUUUAUUGGAAAAACUUAGUGAUAAAACUAAAGCGUUACAUGAUGUUAAAAAGCAAAAUGAAAUUAUACAGGAAGAGAGUUUCAUGAACAGAGAUAAAUAUUUAAAGAUGGAGCAACAUUUCGAAAAAGAGAUUGAAAAGAGGAACAAAAAGAUAUUACAGCUGUACAGUAUGUUUGAAAAAGAAAAAGAAAGACAGUUAAACCAAAUUCUGCCAGAAGCGAUGGAGACCUCAAGAAGUUUUGCAGCUGAAACUACUCAAUCAAGACGAAGUGACUCUCCGAGUAGAAGAAGUGACUCUUCAAGUAGAAGAAGUGACUCUCCUAAAAGACCACAGACUUCUAGAUUGGCAUGUGCGAAGACCUGCACUGGUAUAACAAUAAAAGUCUUAAAACGUCACUCAAAAUUUAAAAUGCUCAAUGAUUCUGAUUCCGGGGAUUUGAGUUCUAGUAGCACGGGUAGUACGUUUGAAACUCAAUUAUUUCAAUGUGUUGCUUAUAUUACACACUCAUGCCCUCUGCUGCAAAAAAUGUUUUUACAAUGGGUCGACUUGACCAAGGAUCAAAAGAUACUUUUAAAUAUGAUUUUAAAUAAGGUUGUUCCCCCUGAUACUGCUGAGCUUUAUACACCAGUUUUAAAUGGUUUUAUUUAUUGGAAUGUUGUACAAGAUACUGAAGGUGCCUGUGGUUAUCACGAUAACCCCCUUCAUUUUAAAAUAAGUGCACGCGAUGAAACCAAAAUUUUUGCAAUUUUUUUAUCCUUACAAUAUGUAAUUCAUACAGUUAUUACUAAACAAGAGUUGGGGCAAGAAAUUGUGAAUUUUAAUAGAAACGUGCUUAGAAAAGUAACCAUUUACUCACCUGGUGGUUGCGGAGAUAAUAAGUAG